GUCAGUGAACAAAAUGGCAACGUACUGCUUAACCGUCGCCCGGCUUCAGCUUGCUCUGGGGAAGGGUGCCCGACGCCUACAUGUGGCGGCAGCUCUUAACGCAAAGGCCAAAGUGUCCAUGAGCCGGUUUGAGCCAAACUCUUAUGUCAACUAUGACAGUCUUCGCUCAAAUAUUGACACUGUCCGCAAAAGACUCAAUCGUCCACUCACCCUGUCAGAGAAGAUUGUCUAUGGCCAUCUGGAUGACCCCUCUGGACAGGACAUUGUUCGAGGGCGCACAUACUUGCGACUGCGUCCAGACCGAGUUGCUAUGCAGGAUGCAACAGCACAGAUGGCCAUGCUGCAGUUCAUCAGCAGUGGACUUCCCAAUGUAGCAGUGCCAUCCACUAUCCAUUGUGACCAUCUUAUCGAGGCCCAGACUGGAGGAGUCCAAGAUCUUCAAAGAGCAAAGGAAGUGAAUCAAGAGGUUUACAGUUUCCUCGCUAGUGCUGGGGCUAAAUAUGGUGUUGGCUUUUGGAAACCUGGUUCUGGGAUCAUCCAUCAGAUUAUCUUGGAGAACUAUGCAUACCCUGGAGUCAUGUUGAUUGGUACAGACUCGCACACUCCUAAUGGUGGUGGCCUGUGCUCCAUCUGCAUUGGAGUUGGUGGGGCUGAUGCUGUUGAUGUCAUGGCAGGAAUCCCCUGGGAACUGAAGUGUCCAAAUGUCAUUGGUGUGAAACUGACAGGCUCAUUGUCUGGCUGGACCUCCCCAAAAGAUGUCAUCCUUAAAGUGGCUGGUAUUUUAACUGUGAAGGGUGGCACUGGUGCCAUUGUGGAGUAUCAUGGCUCUGGUGUGGACUCUAUCUCCUGUACAGGUAUGGCCACCAUCUGUAAUAUGGGUGCUGAAAUUGGAGCUACCACCUCUGUGUUCCCUUACAACCACCGUAUGAAAACCUACUUGGAGAAAACUGGACGUGGAGAAAUUGCUGCUGCUGCAGAUGAGAACCAAGACCUGCUGGUACCCGAUUCUGGCUGUCAUUAUGACCAGUUGAUCGAGAUCAAUCUGAGUGAGUUGAAGCCUCACAUCAAUGGUCCAUUUACUCCUGACCUGGCCCAUCCUGUUUCAGACAUUGGCUCUGUCGCUGAGAAGAAUGGCUGGCCCCUGGAUGUUAAAGUUGGUCUGAUUGGAAGCUGCACCAAUUCCAGUUAUGAGGAUAUGGGUAGAGCUGCCUCCUUGGCUAAACAGGCGCUGGACAAAGGACUCAAGUGCAAAGCCCAAUUCACAGUCACACCUGGGUCUGAGCAGAUUCGUGCCACGAUUGAGAGAGAUGGCUAUGCUAAAGUCUUGAGGGAUGUUGGUGGCGUUGUCUUGGCUAAUGCCUGUGGGCCCUGUAUUGGUCAGUGGGACAGACGUGACGUUAAGAAGGGAGAGAAGAACACUAUUGUCACAUCAUUCAACAGAAACUUCACAGCUAGAAAUGAUGCUAACCCAGCCACUCAUGCUUUUGUCACCUCCCCAGAGAUUGUCACAGCCCUUGCCAUUGCAGGCACACUGAAGUUCAACCCUGAGACAGACUUCCUUACAGCAUCCAAUGGAGAGAAGUUUAAAUUGUUACCACCCACAGGAGAUGAGCUUCCUGCCCGUGAUUUUGACCCGGGUCAAGACACCUACCAGCACCCACCAGCUGACGGGUCUGGCCUGAAAGUGGAUGUUAACCCUCAGAGCAACCGCCUACAACUGCUAGAGCCCUUUGACAAAUGGAAAGGAACAGACCUUGAGAACCUUCAAGUGCUCAUCAAGGUAAAAGGGAAGUGCACCACAGACCACAUCAGUGCUGCUGGACCCUGGUUGAAGUUCCGUGGCCAUCUUGAUAACAUUUCCAAUAACAUGCUCAUUGGUGCCGUCAAUAUUGAGAAUGAUGCUGUCAAUAAAAUUCGUAACCAUCUGACUGGAGAGUAUGGUGGUGUGCCUGAUGUUGCCCGUCAUUACAAAAAGCACAAUAUUUCAUGGGUAGUUGUGGGAGAUGAGAACUACGGUGAAGGUUCAAGCAGAGAACACGCUGCUCUGGAGCCCAGACAUUUAGGAGGAAUUGCCAUUAUUGUGAAGAGCUUUGCUAGAAUCCAUGAAACAAACUUGAAGAAACAGGGUCUGCUGCCUCUCACCUUCUCUAAUCCUGCUGAUUAUGACAAAAUCCGCCCAGAUGAUAAGAUCUCCAUCUUAGGUCUUCAGAGCUUUGCCCCUGGAAAGCCACUAAAUGCCGUUAUCAAGCACAUUGAUGGAAGCACGGAAACAAUUGAGUUAAACCACACCUUCAACGAGACCCAGAUUGAAUGGUUCCAGGCUGGCUCUGCCCUCAACAGGAUGAAAGCGAUGCGAACAUAAGAGGGAAUGGGUCAUAUAUAUAUAUUUGGGAGAGGGAGGGGGUUAAGUAUCAAGCAGGAACAUUUUAAUGUAUAUGAAUGAUUUAAACACCCUCAUGUAAGCUGGAGUCAAUGCAUUUCUUAAACUGUAUUGCAUAGACAAGUCAUGUCAACACAAACUUCCAAAGGCUAUAUUGCAGAACAGAUUAAAGGCAUUACGUUAAGAAAUGUGCUAAAUUGCAAUGCUAGUAAUUUCAAGCUGGCUUUGUGUUAAUUUCAGAAUGGAUAACUGUGAACAUUUUAGAAGGCUCUGGAAGGUACAUACUUGUUACAGAGCAAUUUAACUUUAUCUUGGUAACUGUUAGACAUAAUUAUUUCUGAACUUUUACACUGAACUGUAAUGAAAGCUUGUGAAUUUGUGUCCUGUAUUCCGCUCUAAUGGUACAUUUCUUUUAAACAGAGCUUUUCAACCACUCAUAAUAAUUGGUUUUGUUCUUCAUGCAAACUUGAAACUUGACCUGUUAUUGUUCAUGUAGGUAUUUUUUACUGUAAAUCAGGGUGACUUGUCUGCUAAAUUUUAAAACUUGCAAUGCACACCACUCAAAUGUGUCAAGUGUGUACUGAGAGUGCCACAGGUCAAGUCUUGUUUUAACCUGAAUGAUUAUUAUACAAUUAUUUCAUGUCUAUUAUCAAAUGUGUUUUGACACCGUUAUAGAGCAAUGGAUCAGGAAUCAGACCUUCAAGCUUGUGAGCACUAUUUCCUGUAUAUUUGAGUGCCCUUUUUGUAUGGUUUUAUUUCUUCACAGAGCUGCCAUGUCAAAUCAGUGAUGAAAUCAGACUAGCACUUGUUUUCAGAAUACCAAGCAAAGUACAAGUUUUCAACAUGUUUGUGGUUGUAAUAUGAAAUUUGGUAUUUGUUGUAUGAAUGCUAGACAAUUCAGCUGUUACAAUGAAUACUGUGUUGUAACCCAGCCUGCCUGGGUGUUUGCAGCUCUGUAUGAAUGAGUACUGUACUGCUUCUAACACUCCACAAACACCUUUCUAAAUAACUGCACUAUAAAUACUGAUCAGUCACAGUGGGUUAUAGAAUAAAAUUAUUUCAAAAUA